UAGCUGCUCUUCAUAUCCAGAGUUUAGUAUGGCGCCAAAUUCAGAAGACAACGUGCCUCCGCCAUUUCGAUGGGACGAUGACAUUUACACAAAGGAGAAGCAGCGUCCGCCGAUAUAUAAUCCAGAAGACUACGCUUCUGGGGUGAGAAAGUGGGCCAGAAAAAAUAUAAACAGCGCAACGAAUUUGUACGUGACCCCAAGCGUGCCCGAGCUGGACUGCGGAAAUUUGCAAACCGUCGCGUCCAGGGACUAUCGCAACCCGAUGCUCACGUCUGCGGCCAGCGAGAUGAGCUUACGCCAGUUCGGAACCGUUUCCGAGCUCCUUUCCAAAUUGAAAGCGGACCUACGCCUCGCAUAUCCUAGUUUCAUACAAGAGUUUGUGUCUGAUCCACACGAUGGGGUAACCCUUCUUCUGGAACUGUUGCGAACAAUACAGUUGAGCCAAGGGAAUAACAACGGCAACAAUACAACUGGGCGAAUACCACCUUCCAUACAAAGACGCGCCCUUCUAGACGAGUUAACCUGUCUGCAGUGCCUACUUUGUUGCUGCAUUAGAUACUCAGAGUCCAUCCGUCGACUGACGGCUUCGUCAGCUGGACUCUUCACUUUAGCAGUUUGCAUAAUGACCAACGUCAAUAAAUCGAGAAUUAUUGCCUUACAGUUGCUCACCAAAGCGUGUGAACCGGCUGGUAAUGGUCACGCAAUUGUCUCGGAAGCAAUGUCAACGCUUCGAUUACGAUUUGGCGAACCCGUCCGUUUUCGAUUUUUAAUCGGCAUGUUAACAUCGGCCGGAGGACAAGAGGAGCUUUUGGCUAACGGUUUCAAGUUCAUAAACACAUUUCUCGAUACGGCCGGAAGUCCGCAAAAGCGCCUAUACAUUCAGGCGGAACUCGAACAGGCGGGGCUCGAUAUUGAAAAUAUAAGAAAGAUUACCUCCGUAAAAUCUCCGUCGGCAGCGGCGGUGUAUGAACAGCUCGAUUAUUGGUCCAAAAAUCACAUUGACAUCGAAAGCUUAUCUUCAAGGCUGAAUCACAUCGAGAAGCAAAACGACUUUUUAAAGGACAAAGUGCUACUUUUGGAAAGGCGAAUUCAGAUCUUACAAGAAGAAAAAGGAGUACUGGUAUCUCUAGAACAGUGCCUUAAGGAGCGAUGCAGCGAACUUCAAACCGAGGUUCUCUCACUUAAGUCCGGAAAAUCGCGGAGUUCCAAACUUUACGUAAAGAAAGGUGGACGCUCUUCCACCUCGCGGAUUUCUGAUCAAGUCUUUACAGAUAAUUCGACUCCUGCUGAAGAUGAGGGUAUUUCUUCUUCGGAGCGAAGUUUAAGUCCCGAAGAUGUACAGUGCGAGAAAUCAAGCUACGAAAUAUACGAUAACAAGACUGAAUUUGAUCUUAAAUUAUUAGCCGACGAAGAGGAAACGACGAUCGAUGACGUGAUCCAAGAACUGAAAAACAUCGUGAACGACGCCGAAACUGAGGCGUAUUCCCAAACAAGCAAGAUACAGAUGGAUGUGCUGAUGAACGAUCCCAUCUUCGAUAGCGAAUCUGAAAUUGUUCCCGCAAAUCUACAACCACAACCACCCAGGCGUACCAGAAGCUUAAUUCACCUCUACAUACCGACGGAAGACUACGAUUACAACAGGGAGGUCUUUUUUGAGAAUGAAACUCCGUACACCAGCGACGAAGGGUCCGAUUCUCUACUAAGCGCGUCCAAAUAUCGCCUGCCGAGGAUAGAAAAGGAUCUCGCGCUUUAUUACAGCAACGUGACGUCCACCAGGCAGCUCAAGAAAAGCGAAUCCUUCCAUCACAGAGUUAAAGAGGUGCGGACCUGUCGGCACAACAGCACCAGAAUCACGAGGCAAGACUCGCAACAAAAGACAGUUCAGAAGAAAUCGAAAAGCUUAGAUCGUAUAGACGACGGCCUCGACUCCAUGGUGGACAUCAUCAUGACCAAUCAAAGCAAACUGGCUACAGACUUACGACCGCAAAGCGACUCGGGCAACUUAACCUCGAACUUAUUCCUCAGCACAAGAAAAGACUUCAAAAUCUCCAAACUACCCACGUACGCCGGAAUGGAGAAGCAAAAAAUGUUUCUACCGCCGGUCACCUACGAACACCUCGGCUAUUUCCCGAGGCUACAAGACCGUAACUUUCACAUUAAGAAGGGCCCCAGCAACGCCGGCUUGUAUUCCGACUUCCACGUGCACUGCACGAGUUCCAAUAAUUCGAAAAAAAGUGAUCUGUCCAAUACGAAAGAGAGAACUCGGAGCAUCCUCGGGAAACUUACCGACUUGCCGUCGGGGUUAUAUUGACUUUUCGCGUAAUUAGAAAUUCGUUUUAGGUUUAUCAGUGCAAUAUGGCGACAUUUUUUUUUUGUAAAUAAAGUACAAAGUAGAUUAAUUUGAAGGAUAAGUGUACAAUUUAUUUAUUGGUUCUUUUAUUUUAGUUCGUUUUAUUUGAGAUUAUGUACUGAUAUAAUAUGUAGGUAUUCAGUUUAUUAAAUAUGUCUAACUUC